AAAUUUGACCAAAUCAGCCGCAACUGUAAAUCCCGUAACGGAAUCAAUACUGAUUACUGGCAUCGUUUUCGUCGUACAUCUCAACGAUCUUCCCCAUCACUAUACAGAGCAGAGCUUAAACUAAGCAAAUUAAAAAAAAAAAAAACACUAAUCUACUCCAACAUUCAUCUAUUCAUUCAACACCACCUCUUCCUUUUUGCAAAUUUCCAUCUAAAUAUGGAUCCCAACCCCAAGUCCUUCCCGAUCCUCUCCUAUGUUAUGGCCCGACUUCCCUCCCUCUCACCCCAAUCCCCCUCCACCACCUUCGACGUCGAGCAGCCCCUGCCACGCGCUGCCUCCGAUCCCUCUUCCAGCCAAACGCCCAUUGUCUCCCAAUUACCCCACUUAACUGACCCCAAGGUCCUAGCUUCCAUGACCAGCGCCAUCGCCGAUGUGGCCCAGACCCGAUCAAUCCUUCAAACCCUCGGCCCUCGCCCUGACCACGAGACCAUCGACACUGCCAGACUUAAACUUUCUGAAAUCGAAUCGAGCCUCUCCACACAGCUCGAAGAAAUUGUCCUCUCUCCACAGCCCGCCGAAGUCGACAGGCUUGAAUGGCGCGCGCACCUGGCGGACAAGGAACAGCAUUGUCGACAAGCCUCGGAGAAAGAGAAGAACUUGUACAAGACGAUAUUGCAAUUGGAGGAGAUGCACGAGUCUUACGAGAAGCUAUUGAAGGCGGCGGAGCAGCGGUUGGUGAAGAUUUAUGAGAAGGCGGAGAUGGGAGAGGAGGAGAAGGAUGAGAAAAAUAAGGGGGAAGUGUACGAGCAGUUGAACGAAGAGAUUGUGGGAAUACUCCAAGAGGCGUCUGGAAAGGGUCUGGAGAGGGUGGAUUUGUCGAACAGGAGAUUGUUGUACUUGCCUGAGGCGUUUGGAAGGAUUCAUGGGUUGAGAGUGCUUAAUCUCUCUAAUAAUCAGCUUGAGGUCAUUCCUGAUUCAAUAGCUGGGUUGGAAAAUCUCGAGGAGCUCAAUCUUGCUUCAAAUCUUUUGGAAGCAUUGCCAGAUUCUAUUGGAUUGCUACAUAACUUGAAAAUUCUAGAUGUCUCCAGUAAUAAGCUAGAUUCUUUACCUGACUCCAUUUCUCAUUGCAGGUCAUUGCUGGAGUUGGAUGUGAGCUUCAACCGUCUUACAUACUUGCCAACUAAUAUAGGAUAUGAGUUUGUGAAUCUUAAGAGGCUGUCAAUCCAGUUGAACAAGAUCCGUUCUCUUCCCACUUCUGUUGUUGAAAUGAGAUCUAUGCAGCAUCUGGAUGCUCACUUUAAUGAGCUUCAGGGCCUUCCACUUUCAAUUGGGAGAUUGACAAAUCUCGAGAUCUUCAAUUUGAGUAAUAAUUUCAGUGACCUGACGGAACUUCCUGAGACGUUGGGUGAACUGACAAACCUCAAGGAACUUGAUCUCAGCAAUAACCAGAUUCAAGCUUUGCCUGAUUCAUUUGGCCGGCUGGAUAAUUUGACCAAAUUGAACUUGGACCAAAAUCCGCUUGUGAUCCCACCAUCAGAAGUAGUGAAGGAAGGGAUCGAAGCUGUCAAGAUGUUUAUGGCUAAGAGGUGGCUUGACAUACUGGUGGAGGAAGAAAGGAAAAGCAUGAUUGAAGAACAAGAACAAGCAAAGACUGGGUGGUUGACACGGAGCACAUCCUGGUUGAAGAAGUACGUUGAAGAUGUGUCUGAAAAUGUUUCAGAAUAUUUAAGUCCAAGAUCUCCAAAGGACGCUUAUCUAAAUCAGCAGCUAUAACUUCAUGGACCUAUGAUAUUUUGGUCGUUCCAUUGCUUUCAUGGCAUUGUGCACAUGAUAAAAGACUGCUGAUAUAGUUUCUUCUGCUUCUAUUGCAAUUAUUUUCCUUUGUUUUAUGCUGCAUUAAUGCCAACUAGAAAAAGAUGAAAAUCUAACAAAUUUUGUGUUAUGCUGCAUUAGUGGAAGUCAUUAGGUGCAGAA